CUUAAGCUUAGAAAACAGUUCUUACUGCUUCCGAUUCAUUUGCUGUGGAAAUUAUAGUUGGAUCGUUCAUUGAACUCUCAGGUACUUCCCGUUCAUGGAAAUAGAUAAUCUAUUGGUUCAGGUUCUGGAGCAGGCGAUGAGACGAAACAGAGAUCUACGAAAGAAGCGGACAGGGAGAGGAUCCUGCCGCGGAAGCUAGAAAUCACUGUGGAAGCUUUGAAAUAGAUGUUUUUCGUCUCUGAUUUGUAAGAUUUCGAAGCAGAGAUGAGUUUUCGGCUUAAAGUUGAGCUUAAGAGACUCUGUUGUAACAAUGGGUGGUCGUAUGGGGUCUUCUGGCGCGUCCAUCGCCGUAAUUCCCUGCUGUUGACCUUGGAAGAUGCCUACUAUGGAGAACAAAUGGGCUUGGUGAUUAACAAAAUGCUUCCUCGGGUCCAUGUGCUGGGAGAAGGAAUCGUUGGACAAGCUGCUUUUACUGGGAAGCACCACUGGUUCUUUUUAGAUGCUUACUAUGGAGAAAGGAGUUCUAAAGGACAUGUUGCUGGUCAAAAUAUCUUCCAGGUGCAGGAUAAUUCGGAUUUUCAUCAUCAAUUUUCCUCUGGAAUAAAGACAGUCGCAGUAAUUUCUGUGGCACCACAGGGUGUGAUACAGUUUGGAUCCACUGAGAAGAUUCUGGAGAGCUUAGAGUUUGUGGAUCACACAAGAAGCUUGUUUCGGCAGAUUGAAAGGGCUGAUGAGCUUGUUCUAUCAGGGAAUGCACUAAGAGAUUCAAGUGGUGAAGUCUAUGAUCCAUGCGGAUCUUUUUCUUCUGCAGUAUUGUCUGGAAAUUCCUAUUCGCACUACAGAAACAUUGAACCCUUGCACGAUGACAGCUGCAAAGAGCUGAUGGCAAAAUCCAAUUCUUCCUCUUUUACACCAGAGUGGCACCAUGUUAGCAUGUCCACCUUGAUUGGUAAUCAAUUUCACCUCAAAAGUCAAUAUAACAUGGCAGGUGCGGAGGCUCAAGUGAUAUUAUCAAAACCUUGUUUACAGUUACCACAGGUCUUGUCAGAGUCUUAUUCCAGUUGUACUGACAACACUGUUGGCAGACACCAAACCAUGAGUUCACUGAGUGGUGAAGGUUCAACCAUGACUUCAUUUGAGAGACCAUUGCUGUGUGGAUCAGGAAUUUGUGUUACUCCAAAAGUAUCUUCUGCCACCCUGAAUACUCCUGUCUCUUCCAAGAAUGUGUUUGUGGAUUUUCAAGGGGAGUCAACCUUUCCUCCAUUAUGCAGCAUGGGCAGAUCACAUGAUAUGGUGUCUGACAAAGGAGUAGUUGAGGCCAACAAAGCUAGUGGAUCUGGCUCACAGGAAUUGGUAGACAUCCAGCCACCCACCCACUUAACCCAUUCAACAGAAGAUGAACUUCGAAAGGUGCCAUCUAGCUUUCCUGCUUUCACUGGGGUGUCUAGGUCAUUCAAUACCAUGGAAGCUGUCUCUGAACCCAACCCAGUACAUAAUCUUUCUCAGUUGGAUGUUCCACCACUGGGGCAGGGAAACAAUGGAUUGGCUCCUCCGACACUGAAUGAUAAUUUGUCACAAUCAGUAGUACUGCCAGGUGAUAUUUUGAAUCAGGCGGUUACUCCUGCCACAAAUAACAUAAAUUCUUAUGGUGCCGUUUGUGACUGGAAAGGGAACUCUUCAAAUGUUCCUAUGCAACUACCUACUGAAAAUGAGCUUUUUGAUAGUUUGGGAUUGGAUUUUGGCAGCUUCCAGAGUGGAGAGAGUUGGGGUGAUGUUAUAUUGCCCCUAGGAACUGGUGGUUACCCGACCUUGAGUACUGGUAUUUCAGAGUCUAUCUCAGAGGUUGUUCCCCAGAAAGGAUUCUUCUCUGAGGGUGUACUUGAAAAUAUGUUAAACGAUGUUGUUUGUAGUUUUAACUCAGUUACCAAACCUAGCUCCCACGAUUCCAGAACUACCAUAGCGAGGACAGGAAGCACAUCAGAAUUCUGGAAUCAAAUUCAGUUGGCUGGUCUUUCUUGCUUGGGUGGAAAUAUGGAUGUGAUGCUGCCUGAAUGUAAUAACAACAUGCUUGGAACUCAGAAAGAAAUUGUGGCAAAAUCUCAGGUGGGAUCAUGGAUAGAUGAUAGCUAUAGCAUCAAUGUGGAGAGUGCUGUGGUUACUCAGCCUAAGAGAACUGAAGAACCAACCAAAGUUACCAAGAAAAGAGCUCGGCCAGGAGAAACUACUCGGCCAAGGCCCAAAGAUCGUCAGCAAAUCCAAGACCGUGUCAAAGAGCUGCGAGAGAUUGUGCCUAAUGGUGCAAAGUGUAGCAUUGAUGCUUUGUUGGAUCGAACCAUCAAACAUAUGCUCUUCUUGCAAAGUGUGACUAAAUAUGCCGACCAACUUAAACAAGCUGAUGAGCCUCAGAUAAUUGGUGAUGAGAGCUGUGUGAUUCUGAAAGACAAUUUGAGUGGUGGUGGCUGUGGUGCUACCUGGGCUUUUGAAGUGGGCGGUCAAACCUUGGUCUGCCCAAUUAUAGUUGAGGAACUCAGGCCCCCUGGGCAGAUGCUGAUUGAGAUGCUUUGUGAAGAGCGGGGUUUCUUCCUUGAGAUAGCAGACAUUAUUCGUGGUUUUGGCUUGACUAUCUUGAAGGGAGUAAUGGAAGCUCGGGAAGAUAAGUUAUGGGCACGCUUUGUCAUUGAGGCAAACAAGGAAAUAACUAGAAUGGAUAUAUUUUUGUCACUUGUUCAACUUCUUCAGCAAACAGUGAGUAGCGGGGUUGGUUCAGGUAAUCAGUUAACAUAAAGCUGUUGAUAGUGGAAAUCCACUAACAAUCACCAGCAAUCUCCGGCCACUCCCAACAAGCCUGGCUGAUGGAAUGCAGUGAUCGGAAGCAUAAAAUCAUGGUCCAGAAUUGCCUUGAGCAGUCACCAUCUUGUGCCUUGCCAUGAAUAGUAUUCUGCAAACUUGUCCUCAAAGGACUAAAAAAGCUUCCUAUUAAUUGAAGUUCCUCUAUGAUGAAGGAGGAGAUGCACAAGGGAAUCAUACUUUUUCCUCUGCAUUAAAAGAAGGGGGUGGAGGCAGGUAUAUGCAUGUGGAGAAUCUCCGAAAAAGCUGGUGAUUUGCUAAUUGCUAUUGCAAUUGAACAUUCUGCCAAAGAGUGGCUGCUGGGACUGGGACUGGGACGGUGAAUCUGUAAGGUUGGAAUUGAUAAGGAGUGAGCCUUGUCC